CUACUGCAACAUGGAUCCGUCAGCGCUGGUAUGGGGUGUACAUUUCAACUAUCUUUCUUCCAUUGUUUAGGUCAUGUCACUUUCGGUGGAUGAUGCCUUGGUGAAACAGAUUGAGCCAUCUCUCUACACUGUCAAAGCAAUCAUCAUCCUGGACAAUGAUGGGGAGCGUCUACAUGCCAAGUAUUAUGAUGAUGCGUAUCCUUCCACCAAGGAACAGAGGAACUUUGAAAAGAAUAUUUUUAGCAAGACACAUAAAAGUGACAGCGACAUUGCAUUCCUGGAAGGAUUGACCAUCAUCUAUAAAAGUUCGGUCGAUUUGUACAUUUACAUCGUGGGGAACUCACAGGAAAAUGAGCUCAUGUUAAUGGCCGUUCUCAACUGCCUGUUCGACUCUUUGAGCCAAAUGUUACGGAAAAAUGUAGAGAAGAAAUCUCUAAUGGAGAAUAUGGAUGGGUUGCUGCUUAUCUUGGAUGAGGUUGUGGAUGGCGGGGUCAUUCUGGAGAGUGAUCCACAACAGGUCAUUCAGAAAGUGAAUUUCAGGGUUGAUGAUACUCCUUUAACAGAGCAAAGUAUGGCACAGCAAAUCUCCAGGAGGCUUGGAGUCACUAACAAUGUCCUUCAGUCAGCAAAGGAUCAGAUCAAAUGGUCACUGUUAAAAUGAAGCAGGAAUCUUACCCUUUUCCCAGCUGCCAUUUUCUACUCUCCCCAACCCGUCCAACAAAUCCAGAUCCAAACUGUGACACAGGUGUUUGGCACAUACAAUUGAGAAAGGCAGAUCUGAUCAAGACCUCUUCUCCACUGCUGGACACUUCCUGGAUUUCACCCUGGAGUCAAACACCAGCUUGUUCUAAGAAAAGAGAGAGAACUUUGUAUUUAUAUAGCACCUUUAUCACAGCGUCAGGACAUCCUGAACUACUUUACAGGCAACAAAAUUUAUUUUGGAAGGUGUAGUGACUGUUGUAAUGCAGGAACUGUGACUGUGAAUUAGCCUGUGAUGCAGUCAGCUCCCACAGUAUGAUAAAUGGUCUGAUCAUUA